AUGGACACCCGCAUUUCGCCCGGUUUCAGCGCCCAAAGUCGGCUCGUCCGCUCCUGCGAGCACAGUUUGAUUUUCUUUUCUCUUCUCAGUUUUAGGAGUUUUUUUUUCUUUUUUUCUGAAAUUGUCUCUCAUUGAUUCGCUCCGCAUUAAAACUGCAAAAAAAGUUAUUUUUCAGCCGAGUCUCGCUAGGGCAAGACUUGUAAAGUCUCCAGGAGAUUCUAGAAACUUUAAUGAAACAUCUUUUUCAAAUGUAUCUCAGAUCCCUAUAUUUUUUUGUAUAUCUCUAUCUCUUUUUUUAUUUAACUUCUUGAGUUUCAAAAAGAAUUUUAACAAAAAAUAAUGAUUUGAAAAAAAAAACCGACUUAAAGAGACUUUAUAGCAAAAAUUUUCGAAAAAAAUGAAACUGAAGCAUUGAAUUUUUUCGGAAAUAAACCUAUAAGCUAUAACCAAAAUAAAAAGCUCAAUUUUUCUUUAAAAAUUCCUCGGUUUUAGCCCAUGUUUUUUUCAUGGAAGAUUAAUGGCAACAAUUAUCUCUAGAAGUUGAGUUUUCACACAACUUUUGAAGGAAAUCUGGGCUUUUUCCAUUUUUUUUUUCCUUCAAAAGAAAAAUUCCAGAAGUCUUAUUGUUUUAACGAAUUCAUGGAAUGAAGCCGUUCUUUUUUUAGAGAAUUAUAAUUUUUAUCUGAUGGGUUCCCUAAAAAUUUACUCAGAAAAAAACCCUUUUUCCAACGAAAGUUCUCUCUAAAAACUUUGUUUUUUUAUUAUUUUUUUUCGAAUCCCAUAAUAAAAAUGCUGUUUUUUUCUCCGCAGCUUUUUUUCCCUGCAUGAAUAUUUUUAGUGCGAUACGAAAUUUUCCUAUUUUUUUUGAAAGUAAAUGUUAGCCCAGCUCAACUAAUUUCAUGUUUUUCCGUUUAAAUUUUUCCAAAUCUUUCUAAUUUGAAAGCGAAAAAAAUCGCACUUUUCAUCGCUCAUUCUCGUUUUUUUGUGAAAGAAUCACGCAAUUUGCCUGCCCGAAAAAAAUUUCCGAGAAAAAUUGUAGUUAAUUUAUUUCAUUUUUUUGUUUGAAAAAAAUCCCAGAUUCCUUUAAUCACUAAGCUAUUAAAAUGAUUAAAUUUUAGUCAAAACAAAAAAAGUGAAAGGUUACUGUGGUUGAAAAAGUACGCGGCUGCGAAUUAUGAACUAUUUAUGGUUACCGUAAUCUUUUUUUAAAGAAAAAAAUUUCCGUUUGGCUGAUUUUUGCAAUUUUUUUUCUUUGUAUAGGGCGCUUUCGUACUCUUAUCUUAUUCUCAAUAAUAUUUCGGAACGAGAUCCGUCUUUGCCGCAUAAUUAAAUUACACGCAAUGUCCCUGGCAACAGAGUUAACGGAUAAAUUGACAUCCUUCUUUUUUUUUCUUGGAAGAGAUGUUCAUCUUGAGUGCUUUCCCUCAUAAAAAAGUGGCGUUUCCCAUGUCUCAAUUUUACACUUUCAUUUGAUUUCCUGCCGUGAUUUAUCCCAUUUUUUGUUUGCUUCUGCAGGACGAAACCCGGCGAAGCGGAUUGCCUUGAUGGCAAGCUCAAUUGCUUUCGAGAUCAGAAAGACGACGUUUAAAAUUAGGUUCGUUUCUUUUUUUUUUCCAUGUAAGCUUUUUCGUGUUUCUUGAUGACCAAACUUUUUUUUGUUGGGAAAAAUGAGUUUCAGAAGAUCCUUCACCCCGGUCCCUGAAACGCCGGAGACUUCAGAGACGGACCUGCCGGAUUUUAUGAAAACGCCGACGAGUACGAGAAGGUAACAAGGGGAUAAAUAUAGUUGAUGGUUAAUUUGAGCUGAUUUGUAGCAGAUCCAGCGAAAGUUUGAAAAGAGAAAGAAGUUUCAAUAUGACUAAAAUUUUUGUGCGAGUUUUGAGUAAAUUUGAGCGGAAAAACUUUUCAAAAUUCAUUUUUCAAAAAAAAAUAAUUUUGCGGGUAAGUUUAAAGGUAACUGGGCUAAAUUCAUGACAGUCUUGAAGUGAAUAGCCUUUUUGUGUAAAAGUUUGAUUGAAAAUAGUUUUCUCAAAAGCUUUUUUUUUAACUUUUUCCAAAUAUAUAAUCCUUCUUUUUAAAAGUAGUAAUCUGGAGAGUUUAGUUCUUCUUUUUUUAAUGAUAGUUUCGUGUGAAAAAAAGUUAACAAAAAUUAUUUCAAAAAUCAAAAAAAUUUCCAGUACUGGCCGGUAUACUCAACAUCGGGUGUUGUGCGCUGAAUUAUCGUCUUUUGCUCUAUUUCCUGUUUUUGGUAACUUAAUUUUACGUCAAUUGAUAUACUCUCGCUACUUCUGAUUGCAGUUCAAUGAAAUUCGGAUUGCAAGAAAAUUUUUAUAAGUCAAAAAUUCUACCUGUUGUUUUUAAAGAAGCAUAGAAAAUUUUCAUGUCGGUCACGAGGCAAAGAGCCGCUUUUUGUCUUUUUUUUAAUCACAUGACCUGCUUUUCCCAGUCUGGAUUUUUGAACAAACUAGUUUUCUCUUAAUGAUCCAUAAGUUUCAAGGCGCACUAUCACCAUCUCACUACUCGGCACCCGACUUACUGUUUUUCAAUGGACGCAAAGCGUCGAAUGUGAAAAUCGGACAGCUCGGUGAUAUCGAAAUUCUCAACAUCAUGAAUCAGCUUGACGGUCUUUCUCAUCUUGUUUUCCUCUCUUGAAGUUCGUAUUAUUCAGCCAAGUCCCUCAUCGCCCUCUCGCAGACGUGUCGAAAAUUCCGGAAAAUUUCAGCCUAUAAUGAAGAUUCGUUGCCUAAAGUGGAUGUGAGUUUCCUUCUUCAAGAGAACAUUUUUUCGUUAUUUUUAGGUAUCGAGCUACGAAGUUACGGUAGCGUUUAAUCGUGUGCGGCGUUGCGUCGUCGUGAGAGCUCUGAAAAGAGGGCGUGGCUUGAAUGACGUCACCAUUGAAGGAUCUUGUCUACGAGACGUCCUUGCGCCGCAUACGCGAGCCUUGAUACGGGUGACUUCUAACUUUUUUUUUUUAAAUGCCAUUGUUUUUGUAUAUUUUUGAACUUUCGUUUUUGAAGCCUUGAAAAUUCGUUAAAAAAAAAAAAAUACAUCUUUAAUUGGCUAUUCACGUCCUUUUGACAUUUUUCAGGCUUAUCAUUAAAAAAAAAGAUUUUCGCUCAAAAAUUCACGAUAAAACCGAAUUUCAGCUCACCUUCGGGACUGGAGUCACGGUGUCACCAUGGCUUUCUGAACUUCUACAGCUCCAUUCUUUGCACCGAUUAGCUCCGCUCGCUUUGAUUUUCACCGGAGGAGCACUGACAAAAGGUUUUUAUUGAUCUUAUUCAGUUUUCAAACAAAGAAAAAACCAGGAAACCGCGUCGCUGGUGCUGACCUGAGAUCGAUAACCGAGUAUGACUUCAUCCAGUUGGUCGGCCGCCUACAGCCGCACCUGCAGGAGAUUCAGCUCGCAACGUCGAGGUAUCGAGCUCCAUAACGAUAAGAAUAAUCUGGAAUUGAGGUUGUUCAAGAUGAGUUCCUCGCCGCCGCGGUUGCUUGGGUUGAUCUCGCUGCUCUCGAGCAUUGGAAUCGUUUAUGAAAGACCUGCGAUCAGAUUCUACUUCGAUGACGUCCAAAGGAUUGCUUCUGUGAGAGAUUUUUUCAAACCUUUUUGUAGUUUUCUGCAAUUAAAAUGUGAAUCCAAUUUAGUUUUGGCGUAGCGAUCCUCUGUCGAGGUCUUGCGACGUUUUCAUUCGGCGGCCGCACGACGCGUCGCAAGAAAAGUGGCUCAAGCUGGGCGCUGUGGACAUGUCUCCUAGAGAUCCUUGCGUUUCAGAUUCAACAGUAUCACGAGUAGUCGUUUCUCAUUCUUUCCUUGUAAAUAUUGACCUGAUUUUUCAUUUACACUAG